ACAAAUGAGCCCGGGGGCUUAGCUAGGAACCAAGAAUCCGUCGCUCGCGUUCCCUGGGUCGAGUCGGAAGUGUUGACAGAGCAUAUCAAAAUGGCGGACCAAGAGGAGUCUGUGAGGGAGUUUGUCGCUGUGACUGAUGUUGACGAGGAGAGGGCUCGGUUUUUCUUGGAGUCUGCGGGCUGGAAUUUACAGCUUGCACUGGCCAGUUUCUUUGAGGAUGGAGCUGAAGAUGACAUCGUGACGCUUCCUCAGCCCGAGGGUGGAUCCUCUUUGUCGCGAUCUGCGGGACCAAGUGCACAGCCCAGAGUGACCUCAUUCAGAGAUCUGAUGCAUGAGGCAGAAGAUGAGAGUGAUGAGGAAGAGGGCCAAAGGUUUUUUGCCGGAGGCUCAGAGCGCAGUGGGCAGCAGAUUGUUGGGCCUCCCAAGAAGAAGAGCUCAAAUGAAGUGGUUGAGGAUCUCUUCAAGGGGGCCAAGGAACAUGGCGCAGUGCCUCUGGACCGUGGCGGGAGGGGACUGGGGGAGCCCAGCAAGGCCAGGCCUUUUGUUGGUGGAGGCUACAGGCUAGGAGCUGCCCCUGAAGAGGAGUCAGCCUAUGUGGCUGGAGAGAGGAGAGCCUCCAGCAGCCAACAGGAUGUACAUGUGGUGCUAAAGCUUUGGAAAACAGGGUUCAGCCUGGAUGAUGGUGAGCUCAGAAACUACAAUGAUCCUGGCAACGCCAUCUUCCUGGAGUCCAUCCGCAGGGGAGAGAUUCCCAUGGAGCUGAGGCAGCGCUCCCGGGGGGGGCAGGUCAACCUGGACAUGGAGGACCACCGAGAUGAGGAGUUCUCCAAGCCCAAGCUGGCCUUCAGAGCCUUCGGAGGUGAAGGACAGAAACUGGGAAGAUCAGUGUGUAAGUCAAGGAAAAUGCCCAGCACCCAGGUGUGUUGCCAUCCCUUCUUUUUCUUCCCCUCCAGUGCCACCCCAGAGCUUAUUUCCAUUCCGGGGGGCUCCCAGCAAGAUCAGGCUCUGACAGAGGCCCAAGCCAGCGCCUCUGUGACCCUGAACCCCUCCCAGCCCAUCACGAACAUUCAGAUCCGAUUGGCUGAUGGUGGCAGGCUGGUGCAGAAGUUCAACCACAGCCACAGGGUGUCAGAUGUACGGCAGUUUGUGGUUGGAGCCCGGCCCGCUAUGGCUGGCAGAGAAUUUGUUCUUAUGACAACCUUCCCCAAUAAAGAGUUGUCGGAUGAGAGCCAGACACUGCAAGAUGCCAACCUCCUCAAUGCUGUCAUUGUCCAGCGGCUAAAGUGAGGGAGGGAGACAGAGAGAGAGAGAGCGAGAGAGACCCACUCCCACCCUUGGUGGCGUGGCUGAGUAACUGCGGCCCUUUGAGACCCACCGCCCCUCCUGAAGGAGGAGAAACCAUGGACUUGUGUAUGGACUUCUAAUAUUUGAUUUUGUUUUUUCUAUAGGGAUACAUUACAGCCUGCUCUUUCCGUCUGCCCCCCUGCAGUUUGUGGCGGGUAAUUAACACAGUAAAAAUAUCGGUAAAGAACAGGAGUUUAUGAAAUGUGUUAGAAAGGCUGAAGAUGCAUUUAAGAGUUGGAUUUGAUGAAGAUGUGAGAACCUUUCAUGGUAGGUGGGGAACACCCAAACACAACAGUCCACUUUUCUGAUGAGGAAUCAGGCUGCUAUACCUUUUCUAAAGAUGCUCACCAAACCUGUUGUUUUUGUUUGCUUGCCACCAGCCGCCCUCUUCCCUGUUCCCUAUUUGCUGUGAUUGACCCGUCAGCCAUUUUUUUUUUUACUUUGCACUGGCCGGAGUCCCAGCAGACCAGCACGGCGGCAGCAGCCAGCCAUCUCAGCAGCACAACCAACCACCAAAAUGUACAAAAGAAAACGGUGUUGUCAUUUAAUGGGUGCAAUUAUGUGACGGUGCCCUGGUUUCAAACUGUUUUUUUAUUUCCCUUCGACUCGUCUUCCUGGGGAGGGGAGUGUCCUGAAGUAACGAAACUGAAAUCAAACUGCUGCUACCAUCCCCUGUACAAACCAGUAGCCUUAUGCUCAUUGUUUCCACCUCUAAAAAUCAGUUACUUUGUCCAAAUGAUUGAAAUAUUUUUUUAAACACUUUUCCCUUAAUUUUUCUUUCACAGAUGGUAGAAUUGUGUCCCAUAAAACACGGGGAUAUUGAGUUUGUGUAACAUUCAAAGUAGAAAGUUAAAAUGGCUUUAUUGUCGAACCAACGGCUGAUCAAGAGAACACUUGGAUUGUAAAACACUGGGUCGUUACUAUGGCAGUUAAAUUCCUAUGACACACUGACCUCUUCUAUGCAUCCUAGGGCAAGAGGGGAAUAUUUGUUUGGACCUCUGGAAAAAAAAAAUAAACACUUAUAUGUUUGGUGUAUAAACAAACUGG